AACUAUGACAUGCUAUAACCGUUCUAUAACGUAUAUUGAAUAUUGAUACGAUUGCGUUGAUUAUAGUGCGAAAUGCUUAAAUAAUAAAUGCUUAUGGGCUAUUAUGGCUUAAUGGUAAAUGCACUAUUAUAUUAUUAAUAAUUAAUAUUUAUAGUUGGAAAGAAUUAUUGACAUUUAGUUGUGACAGUCAACGACUGAGACUAUGUUGGGUGGAGGUUUGUUUUCCAAUAAGCCAGUGGCUGCGCCCACAAACCCUAAUAAAGAUUUUGAAGUCACACAGCCUCCUGAUGAUACCGUUUCGGCAAUGGCGUUCAGUCCGGCUACGAUGCAGCAAAACUUCCUCAUUGCUGGUAGUUGGGAUAACAGUGUACGUUGUUGGGAGGUUGAACAGAGCGGCAAGACUGUGCCAAAAUCCAUGCAGUCAAUGACAAUGCCAAUUUUAGACGUAUGUUGGAGUGAUGAUGGCACAAAAGUUUUCAUGGCGUCUUGUGACAAACAAGUAAAAUGCUGGGAUUUAGGAAGUAAUCAAACAGUGCAAGUAGCAGCUCACGAUGCGCCCAUUAAGACUUGUCAUUGGGUCAAAGCGCCAUCUUAUACUUGUAUUAUGACAGGCUCAUGGGAUAAAACAUUAAAGUUUUGGGAUGUUAGAAGUCCAGUUCCCAUGAUGACCAUUAAUCUACCUGAGAGAGCUUAUUGUGCUGAUGUGGAUUAUCCUAUGGCAGUUGUUGGUACAGCAUCAAGGGGCAUAGUUGUUUAUAAACUAGAAGGAAAACCUGAAAUGGUGAAAUCUGUGGACUCUCCUCUUAAAUAUCAACAUCGUUGUGUUGCAAUUUUCAGAGAUAAGAAAAAACAAUCCCCUACUGGAUUUGGUUUGGGAAGUGUUGAAGGACGUGUUGCUAUUCACUAUAUACAACCCCAGAGUUCAAAAGACAACUUUACAUUCAAAUGUCAUCGUCAAAAUAACUCAGGAACUAUGAAUGUCCAAGACAUUUAUGCUGUGAAUGAUAUCAAGUUCCAUCCAGUCCAUGGUACAUUAGCAACUGUGGGUUCUGAUGCAACGUUCGCAUAUUGGGAUAAAGACGCGCGUACAAAGUUGAAGUCAUCUGAGACGCUUGACCAACCAAUAACAAAAUGCUGUUUUAAUAGCAACGGUCAAAUAUUUGCUUACAGUACUGGAUAUGACUGGUCAAAAGGUCACGAGUAUAAUAAUCCCGCUAAAAAACCACAGAUUUUCUUAAAACCAUGCUUCGAGGAUCUAAAACCAAAAAGUAGUAAUUAGAUUAACUGUCUAUUUUUCAAAAUGUUUUGAUAAUUAUAUUUAAAAUAAAUGUACUACAGUAUUGUUUUCUUUCAAUAUUGUAAAUAUAAAAAUGUUGUAUAAUAAUAACUGAAAUUUAAAUAUUAUGUUUAAUUACAUUUUUAUCCUAUGUUUAAUUUUCA